AUGUUCAUCUAUGACCUAAAUUCAGCGGUGGGUGAUGUGGCCUGGGCGCCAUACUCUUCCACUGUGUUUGCGGCAGUCAGCACCAACGGGAAGACCCACGUGUUUGACUUAUCCAUCAACAAGUACGAGGCCAUCUGCAAUCAGCCUGUGGUGGCCAAAAAGAAGAACAAGAUCACCCAUGUGCGGUUCAAUCCCGUCUACCCCAUCAUCAUUGUGGGCGACGACCGUGGGCAUGUCACCUGCCUCAAACUCUCCCCCAAUCUGCGCAAGAUGCCAAAGGAAAAGAAAGGGCAGGAAGUGCAGAAGGGUCCGGCUGUGGAGAUCGCAAAAUUGGACAAAUUGCUGAACCUGGUGAGGGAAGUGAAACCCAGAAACUAA